AAGAACGUCAUCUCUACAAGUUCUAUCUCCGCUCUAACAAUUAAGAGCGAAAAUAGGGUUACACUUAUUACUACUUCUGCAAUUGCGCUAAAGUUUAACUUUCUAGCUUGCUGAACAAGUCACAAUUUAGCGCGUCUUUCAAAAGUCCAGAACAUGACGCCUGCAGGCUCUUUUGGCCGACGCAACUUUCGAUCUUCUGCUUCUAUGCGGGAUCGAUCGUGUCGAGUGACGCACAUAGCGAUAUCCUUUAUAACCCUUCUUUCAAUCAUUCUUUUCGCCCAGCUGAAAACAGCUAAUCCAAAUGUCUGGUGACUGUGAAAAUGGAAGGCCGAAGCGGGUGCUUGUGGUGGGCGCAGGAGCGGCAGGAAUGGCAUGUGCCGAUACGUUGGCCCAGCAUCCGGACAGGUUUCAUGUAACCGUUGUGGAGGCUCAAAGUAAUUGUGGUGGCCAGAUGUUUUCCAUCCCGAUUGACCAAAAAGAGUUUGGCGCAAGCUGGCUUAAUCAAGGUGUACAAGGAGGUUCUCACAUUUACCAUCAUACAUUCUAUGUUUUCGAAAAGUUGAAUCAUCAUCCCCGACCUGUUGAUCUCCAGGUGUCAUUCGGGAAAGGAAACACUUUCUGGACCAAUGUUUAUCCUACCCAGCUAGUCGCGCGUCAUAGCAAAGAAAUCGAGCGGUUCUCAUGGGUCAUCAAAGUAAUGCGCUGGCUUGAGCUCAUUUUCGCUAUGAUACCCAUCAAAGUCAGCUUGAAGAUGUUUUUCUUUUCCGAUGAAUUCAUUAAUUCUAUGAUCUAUCCUAGCCUAGCGCUUUUCUUAGGCACUGGAAACGCCACACCGAACCUCCCAACAGUGAUGAUGGAGAGAUUGUACACGUCCCCAACGUAUGGCAUGUGGUAUCCCAUCGACCGAAAAAUGUUAACUUCAAACUUACCUCCGAUGGUGGUUUUCCCGGAAGCUACUGCUGUGUACACGGACUGGCAACACUCCCUCGAGAAAAAGGGCGUUUCUAUUCGACUCCAUACGCAAGUCAAGGAAGUUAUUUCUCGUUCCAAAAAGGAUGGUGUUCGCGUAUCUAUCAUCCGAAAACUGGAAUCGAACUCGUCGUUUCCAUCCGAGGAAGGGGCCAAACAACCUUAUCCGCUCAAGGAAGAACUUCUGGAAGAGACGUACGACGAAAUUGUUUUCUGUGUCUUGGCAGACACGGCCAAAAAGCUCCUAGGAAAUCAAGCUCGAUGGAUCGAAAAGAAAGUUCUGGGAGAGACGAAAUGGAGUGACGAUGUCACAGUAACUCAUAAUGAUCUGGAUUACAUGAAAAGGUGGUAUGAACUCGAGUAUAACAAAGAAGUCGCUGUUUCGGAUCUCGGCGGACGCGACGAGUCCGGGAGGGUUGAGAAGGCGAAACAGUUGUUCCAACCUAUGUAUCUCAUUAAGCAAACCCCUGCCGACCAACGGAAGCUGGAAAUGAGUUUCGAUUGUUCCGCAUUCCAAUAUCAGCUGCCAAAGGAUGUUCCGUUGGAGAAACAUAUUUUUCAGACUAUUUUCCUUAACAAAAAACACGAAGAAACUUGGUCCAAGCAUGAAAUACAACCUGACAAAAUCGUUGCCGAAAGUUGGUGGCAUCAGCUUUGUCACUCUUAUACCCAUUACCUCUUUGUCGUGCCCUUUCUUUUCCUCCUGAAUCGCGUCCGCAGCCACCGCUAUCACACCCGCUUCGCAGGCUCCUGGACUCUAGUCAACGCUCACGAAGUGGCGGUCAUUUCCGGUAUUGCAGCGGCGUAUAGUCUGGGCGCAGACUAUCCGAAAGAGUUAAAGGAAGAUCAGUUUGCAAGACUUUGCUUUAGGUUGUAUCUUCUUCUGGUCCAUUGGAGGUGGUUCUCAGGUUGAAGUGUUCUGUGGAAAUUUGGAAUUGUAACAGCAUAGUGUGUUUCUUCAUCAGUGUAGAUUUGUAUAGACUUCUCCGACUUCUCUACAGCAAUACAACAGAUAUUCGGUAUCUUCGUGACGAAAUGGUCCGGAGUGAAUUCCAGUAGAGUUCUGGCAGAAAUAAUUAAGGCCCUUGCGUGUGCUUCUCCGUGUAUCCAACAGCCUACCACGUGCCCCAAUACUGCUAGUCUACGGUACACCUUCGAUGCAGG